AUGUGUAUCCACCACCGUCUCAUCUACCGCAAAUGCGGCCACUCCACCUGGCUAGGCAUAACCAAAAAGUGCCAGACAGAGCGCAGCUUUGACCAAGGUAAGACCGACGAGGGGUGCAAUGUCAUGUGGGCCCAUCCGCUUUCUACGUAUCGGGUCGACAGGUGUUGCGAGAGCUGUGGCGUCAAAAGAGUGACGACAGAUCGGGUUAUUGAUGAGAUUAGAGCGAAAAUCCAGUUUACUAGGGAGCUGUUGGCUAAGAUCCAGGAGGCUUCUCGAGGUUUGGAACGACGUGUUGAGGAGAGUGAAAAGGGGAGUAGUGAUGGUGGGGAAAGUAAACAGUCGUCGUCGGUUAGGUCGGAUGAAAGAGGGAAAUCGCCUGAGGUGGUGGUAAUCGUCGAUGACGAUGGUGAUGGUGAUGAUGAUGAUUAUGUCGUCAAAGAGGCAGAGAUGAUGGAUCUUAUCGAUCCUGAUGAGGUGAUUAAGUUUGUCGGCGGUAUCAGCAUCGAUCUCCAGUCAUCUGUGAAACCUCAGCAGACUCCGAGAAGGCGAUUGAAGGGAACGCGCAUCGCGACCGACAUCACCGCAUUGCCCCAUUUUCCCCAUUCCCCCACCUGGCAGCUCUUGACGAUGCCAUGGGGUCUGUGGGCAUCGCCUACCACAAACAGUGGGAAGGAUGAGGGGAAACCAUCACCUUCUCAUUCAACCAACUCUUCAUCAACCACCACAACAUCAACAGCAAGCGCCAACAACAGUGACCAUGGCAUCUUCAACACGUCUACGAAUCCCUUUCCCAACUCUCCUCCUCGCCCGGCCGAGCGUGCGCUGCCCGUAGGCUUAACCGACAUGCCGCCCAUCCCACCCCAACUCAAAAAGAAAACCAUCUCUUGGAAUGACUCCCUAUGGACGCUCAUUGACUGGCAGCACUACCAAGAGCCGCGAUCGAUCGUGCUUUACACCCUUCCGACCAUCGGCGCUUUCGCACUCUUCGGAAUCUGGCGCUCGUUUCUCCGCCGCUUUCGCGGCACCGCAUAUAUCUCGCCGGGGUUCUUUCGGCGGCGCACGCUGCUAGGCAAGGCGACGAGCGUGGGCGAUGGCGAUGGAUUCCAUUUCUUCCACACGCCCGGCGGACGGCUGGCGGGAUGGGGCUGGUUGCGCAAGGUGCCGACAGGUAGAAAGGAGUUGAGGGAUCGAACGAUCCCAAUCCGCAUCGCAGGCAUUGACGCCCCCGAAGGCGCCCACUUCGGCCGACCCGCGCAACCCUACUCGAAAGAAGCUCUCGAAUGGCUCCGAAGCUACAUCCUCAAUAAGCGCGUAUGGGCGCGCAUAUACCGCAAGGACCAAUACGACCGGGUCGUCGCGACCGUCUUCGUCCGAAAACCGCCCUUGUUCCUGCGCAAGGAUGUCGGGCUGGAGAUGCUCAAGCAGGGGCUGGCGACCACGUACGAAGCGAAGUCGGGCGCGGAGUUUGGUGGCCCCAAGAUGGAGCAGGUAUAUAAGAAUGCGGAGGCGGUGGCGAGGAGGAAGGGCAAGGGGAUGUGGGCGAAUACAUUGACGGGCUUCUUUGGCCUGGGGAGUAGGAAGGAGAUUGAGAGCCCGAGGCAGUAUAAGGAUCGGAUGAGGGCGGCGGGGAAUACUAUACUGAAGAAGCCCAAGGCGACGAGCGCUGCGAAGAAGGCCACGGCCGUGAAGAUGGAGACGGUGGCUGUUGUGAAGAAGGAAACAGCGGCUGGGAAGAAGGUGAAGACAAAGACGACGGCUGCAGAUAGCGCCGCGGCAAAGAAGGUAUGA